ACCCGGAAGGGCCGGCGGCGCGAGGCGGCUGCCGUCAUGGGCCUCUUCGGGAAGACCCCCGAGAAGCCGCCUAAGGAGAUGGUCAAUGAGUGGUCCCUGAAGAUAAGGAAAGAAAUGAGAGUGAUUGAUAGACAGAUCAGAGAUAUCCAGAGGGAGGAGGAGAAGGUGAAGCGGUCGAUAAAGGAGGCGGCCAAGAAGGGGCAGCGGGACGUGUGCGUGAUCCUGGCCAAGGAGCUGGUCCACUCCCGCCGGGCCGUGGCCAAGCUGUAUGCAUCCAAGGCCCACAUGAACUCUGUUCUCAUGGGCAUGAAGAACCAGCUUGCUGUCCUAAGAGUAGCAGGUUCCUUGCAGAAGAGCACAGAAGUCAUGAAGGCUAUGCAAAAUCUAGUCAAAAUCCCUGAAAUCCAAGCAACGAUGAGGGAGUUGUCCAAGGAGAUGAUGAAGGCUGGUAUUAUAGAGGAGAUGCUGGAGGACACCUUUGAAGGCCUGGAGGAUCAGGAGGAAAUGGAAGAGGAAGCUGAGAUGGAAAUUGACAAAAUCCUGUUUGAAAUCACAGCCGGGGCCCUGGGCAAAGCCCCCAGCAAGGUGACAGACGCUCUGCCCGAGCCUGAGCCCGAGGGGGCAGCAGCAGCGCUGGACGAGGAGGACGACAUCGAGGCCAUGCAGUCGCGGCUGGCCACACUGCGCAGCUGAGGGGACACCGGCACACAGCAGGCCUUGGCCCUGCCUGCAGGGGGGUCCUGUCCUCACUCCCCCAGAAUACUUUGUGUCCUGCCUAUCCUUUGUUCUCCCUGGGUUGUGUUCUCCAGAAACGGCUCUUACGGAGAUGAGAGGGGAGCUUGCUGUCCUCUGCCCAGGGGGCUGUGCUGACAGGACAGUAGGGGUGCAAUGUUAAGUAGCUGUAGAUACGGAGUCCUGAACUCUGUUCCCAGCUUCAAACAUCUUUCCCUACAGGGGACUUUGGCUUACCCUGCUCCCCAAGCCUGUUGGUGGUAUAAGGUUUUUGUUUGCCUCUCUCACUACAUAUUUUAAUAAAGCUGCUCUCAGCAGCUGCU